UGGUGAAUUAUUACACCUUUACAAAUAUCACGUUCUAAUAUGAAGAGAGUAUUGGCGAACGCACAUACCUAAAAAAUAUAAAAUAAUUUAACUGUAGGUAAAUAUUUUAUCAAAUUGAUAUCUACACGAGGAUCGAACGGAGAACCGGUACAAUAAAUCAAGGCCAGCAAUGGAUAGAGCAUCGGAUUUUCAACACUACUAUCUGGAGUUAUCGUCGGAACCUGUUCGGUUCGAUGCUGUGAGUCAAUUGACUAAUGUGUUCUUCGAUGACGCCAAGCAGCAGGUAUUUGCCGUACGUUCCGGAGGUGCCACUGGGAUUGUAGUAAAGAGUGCCAACGAUGUGCAGAAUAUAUCCUUCUGCAUGGAAGACCGUGGCACAAUUCGUUCGAUCAAGUUUGCACCCGAUAACCAAGUUCUAGCAGUUCAACGAAACGAGAUAGCCGUGGAAUUCGUGCCGUUCAACGCAAAUAAUCAACCAAACGUAGCAGAUAUGCUGGUCCACCAGGGGAAAAAUACCAUUUACGGAUUUGUGUGGGUUCACGAUCGCCAGGUAGCACUAAUCUCCAACGCGGGAGUGGAGAUCUUCCAGAUAAAUCUGGAGAAGCGAACACUGAAAUCGGUCAAGUCUCUGAACUCAUCGGUCAGUUGGUUCAGCUUCUGUCCGCCGUCAAACUUUGCGUUGCUAUCGUCGAACAAUGGGUCCAUCUUGACACCGGUUCUUCUGAAGCCAUCGACCAUCACGAAACUACCCCGGCUGGAAUUAGGUGCUGGUCAGAGCUGUUCUGGGCGAGACGUCACCUUGGCGCAACUUUACGGAACCAAUGCUAUCAUGAUACUGAAGCAGCUGCAGAAUCGUCAGUUUGAAGUCGUUAUAUACCUAUUGAAUGGUCCUGGUCUGGCACCGAAGAAAUCCCACAUACUUCGAUUGGGACAAAACGGUCGCUUCGCUAUGAACAUUGUCGACGAUGUGGUGGUAGUGCAUCAUCAAGCUACGGCCACUUCGAUGCUGUUCGACAUUGCCCUCGGCGGAGGAGAGAUGGACGCCAACUCUGGUGCGGUUAUCCAUCAGCCGAUAAUUCCAGCCAAACCAAUCAAACCUUUUGCCUUGGAAGUGCCGAGCAUAUCGCUCGACGGAAAGACGGUUAAUUGUGAUCUUUAUUCCCAACACUGGGUCCUAUUUCAACCGAACAUUGUAAUCGAUGCCAAGUUGGGCUGCCUGUGGUACGUGUUGUUGAAGCUCAAUUCGCUCUGCACGCUUAUCACCGACCGAAUCCGUCUGGUGGAAUUUCUUCUACAACGAAGCGACGGCAAGUCUGCUCUGCUAAACGUACUCAAAGAGAUGAUGGGUACCAACUACAGCGGAACCAUGCUGCCAGUCAUCGAGACUGUGUUUAAUAAGUUGAACGCCUUGUACAAAAGCGUACUGGACAACGAGCUGCAAAGUCAAAUGGCCCUGAUGGCACUCUCCAGCAAGUCGCAGUCGCAGAAGCACGUCGUCACUCCACGAGUGCUCAUCGACCAAGCUGACAUGUAUACGGCCGUAUUUUCCUGCAUUACAGAAGCAGAGCAACUUGGCAAAAUUUUGCUGCUCUAUUUGCAUUCUCUUGCCCGGCACGGAAUCGCCCCCAGCCACGAGCUCAGCAAACAGAUCGUAAUAGAUUUGGUCAACAACAAGCAGUUCGACACACUGCAAAAUUUGCUAAAGUAUUCCGCCUUGAACGAGUCGAAACCGUUGGCAUGCUUUCUGUUGUCGUUGUCCAACAAGCAUCCAUCGAUAUCGCAAAUGGCGCUCGAUAUGCUGGCCCGCUUGAACGCCAACGAAAUCAUUCUGGAAGUUCUGCUCGAGCGGGGUCAGGUCAUCGAAGCACUUCGUAUUGCAAAGCAGAUGCCGGGCGCGGACUCGUUGCCGGCAAGGAAAUACCUUGAGGCGGCCUUCAAAACCAAAGACCCGCUGGUAUUUCAUUCGGUGUAUAGUUUCUUCCAGGCGAAGAACAUAAGAGUGCGGGGAUCUCCGGACUUCCUGAAACAUGAACAAUGCGGAGAAUAUGUGCAACAUUAUCAGACGUUAAUCAGCACGCAAUGCCUAUAGAGCCGAUCAAAUAGGUAAUUUAUUGUAUUUCAUCAUCUAAAAUGUGAUUUAUUUAACUGAUUAUUAUAUAGUAAAUAGUAAGCUAAUCGUAAAGUAU